AUGAAGACGCUCGUGUUCGUCGGCGCGUUCGUGCAGCUGCUGGUCCCCUGUUCAGCAGUCAUCAAGCAAUGCUAUUACCCCGACGGCAGCCCGUCAAGCGAUUUUCCAUGCGAUCCCAACGCGAAAGAGAGCGCGUGCUGCGGCUCCGGACUCGGGUCUACAUGUCUCAGCAAUCGGUUGUGUCAAUCAAACAAUGGGAACAUAAUUCGAGGGUCUUGCAGCGACAAGGACUGGUCAUCGCCAGCAUGUGCUCCUUUUUGCCUAGGUGCCGACACUGGAGGAACCGAUCUGAUAUCGUGCUCCAACGUCACAAACGCCGACAACUCAUUCUGCUGCGACCACACAAACGGCUGCUGCGACUCCGGCGCUGGCCGCUUCAACGUCCUGCCCAGAGACCCUGAUGUAUUCGCGACGUGGAAUAACGAGGCGAGCUCAUACCGCGUCGUUGGCACCGUGUACACCGGCAACCCGACAAGCACAUCAAGUGCUCCCGCAAAAACGACAUCGACAACAGCUGCUACAACAACAAGUUCCGCCCCGACGAACACGAGUCCUCCGAACGACUCGGACCAGUCAUCCGGGCUGUCUAACGGAGCGAAAAUCGGGAUUGGCGUUGGCGUUGGCGUCGGAGUGGUUCUUCUCGCUGCGAUUGCGUUUCUGGUGUGGAAGCUUCGGCAGAGGAAGGCGAGCUCGAUGGCCGUGCGCAUACACCCGCUGAGCUGGACGCUCGAGGGAAGAAGAACUCGGAUCUGA